UGCCAACCAUCUGGACUGUAUGCUUCGAUCUGCUCCGUCCGGGCCUCGCCGACUGCUGCGACGGCUGCCUCAACUCGCUGUUUCGGUGGUCCUCAACUCGGCAUGCCUGGGUCGAUUCAACUCAUCGCUCCGGGCACCCUCGACCAAUGCCACCACGGCUGGCUCGACCGAUCUGUCCUUCGCAAACACCGCCCUGCUCGUCCACAGCCCGCACGAUCUCGGCGAGUCCGUCAAGUUCAUUGCACACGUCAAGCUGUGGUCGCUGGACGGCGACGUCGAUCACAGCCUCGUUCCGAGACCAAAGUCAACCAAGCGAGGAUCAGCCUCCGACACAUCCUCGGGAAUCCAUCCAACAUCGAGCUCAGUUGCGGUGACGAUCGGUCCGCCGGCUGCACCGCCGGAAGCCGAGGGACACAGCUCGUCGUCGAGCCUGGCUCCAAGCACAGCAUCGGGACUUGGGCCGGAGCGUCCGGCGCAGCCAUCGACCACAGAGCCGAGCCAAGAGCAGCGAAGCGUCCCGCUGCAUCUGGCCAUGUUCGGCACGCUGGUGUCGCAGGCCUACUUCCUGUCGGACAUGUCGGAUGAGCAGGGAGUGUUCUUCAUCUUUGACCAGGUGUGUGUCCGGAUCGAAGGGCGGUUCCGGCUCAAGUUUGUCCUCAACGACCUCGAUCAAAGUAUAACCUCAGGAGGAAGGGUAUCCCCAGCCCUCGCCACAACGAUCAGCCAGCCAUUCACAUCGUACGGCUGGAAGCAGUUCCCCGGAAUGCAGCGUGAGUACCCAUGGAUGCUCAACAGUCUGGUGUCUCCAAACGAGUCUCUCGGUGCGAGUCUGCAGCCUGGCUGCUGGUUGCUGUGGUUGUGGUUGUGGCUAUGGUUUUGGUUGAGACUAUGCACUGGCUGUGGUGCAGGAGCACUGCGAAGGUGUCGGUGACAUUGGUCUGGUCUGGUCUGGUCCU